AUGGCCCAACCCGCCAGUGUGGCCCUUGACCGGGGCGACCCUCGCCUGCACGAGAAGGAGCGUGAGAAGCAGGAUACCCUCGCCAUGGGAGUUCAGGAGCCUCCCCGCGGUGGCAUCAGACCGCAGCACCGUAAGCUGCACGACCCGGACGUCACCUUCGAGGAGUACUACUACUAUGCGCAACUGACCCGCGCCGAGGAGGACCAGAACAAGUCCCACGACGGCGAGCGCGGUCUCUUGUCCCUCAUCUGGCCCUCCAAGUCCGACAAGGGCGUGCAGCAGGUCACCGAGAAUGCGACCAAGGACGCGACCACGAUCAAUACCAGCGACCCCGCUCAGCGCUUGACCAUCACCGACGAGGAGUGGACCAAUGCUUCGCGCGCCCUGCGCACGGCGACUCGCGGUGCCAUCUUCUACCUGAUUACGACCGAUAUCCUGGGUCCGUUUGGACUGCCCUAUGCUUUUGCUACCAUGGGAUGGGGGCCUGGCGUUGCUCUCUACACCGUCUUUGCCGGUCUGGCCGGGUACUCGGGCUAUCUGCUCUGGGAGGCCUUCCUCGGCCUGGACUCGUACCAAUUCCCCCUGCGCAACUUUGGUGACCUUGGCUUUCGCCUGUAUGGGCCGUGGAUGCGCUAUCUCUUCAAUUUCCUGCAGAGCAUCCAGCUGAUCCUCAACGUCGGUCUGAUCAUCAUCUCCAACGGUGAAGCUCUGUCCCAGGCCGCCAAAUUCCGCCUCUGCUUCAUCGUCUGCUGUCUGAUCUGGGCCAUCAUUGGCUUUGUCUUCGGUCAGGUUCGAACCCUGCAGAAGUUCGGUUGGCUCGCCAACGUGGCUGUCUGGCUCAACCUCAUCUGCAUGUUCAUCACCAUGGGGGCUGCCGCCCACUCGGAACCCAACUACCAGGCCGCGUCGCAGGCAGCGGGUGCCGUGAUCGACGGCGGUGUCCUGGUUACCCCCGAUGCGAAUGGGAACUAUCCUCCGGUGCAGACCAGCGGCGGGCUCCCGAAUUCCGGUAGCUUCGCCGGCUCCAUCAGCGGUGCCAUGCAGGCCAUCUUUGCGUACGGUGGCUCCAUGGUCUUCCCGGAGUUCCUGGCUGAGAUGAAGCGCCCGAGAGAUUUCCUGCAGGCCAUGUGGGCCGCCCAGGCGUUCAUUUACUUCUGGUACAUGUUCUACGGCCUGUUCAUGUACGGAUACCAGGGCCAGUACACUGUCAACCCCAGCUACCUCGGAAUUGGGCCCUACAACCUGCAGACGGCGGGCAACGUCUUCGCCAUGGUCAGUGCUGCCAUUGCGGCCGCCCUGUACGGUAACAUCGGCAUCAAGGUCAUCUACAACAACAUCUUUGUUGAAUUCUUCCGCGCUCCCCCGCUGACUACCAAAGCCGGCAAAUGGGCCUGGGUGUUUAUGAUCCCGAUCUACUGGGCGCUUGCCUUCGUCAUUGCCGCAGCCAUCCCCAACUUCUCGGGUCUGACUUCGGUCGUGGCCGCGUUCUGUAUCCUGCAGUUCACUUACACCUUCCCGCCCAUGUUGUCGCUGGCCUUCCGCGUUAAGCGAGACGCGCUGCAGCAGGGCGAAGGAUUCGAACCGACGACCGGAGAGACGAUCCGGCACGACUCGGGCAUUCGGCGGAUCCUUCGCGGGUUCUUCUUCCCGGGCUGGUUCACGUCGUGGCGGUUCUAUGUCAACGUCUUCAACAUCAUCUACACCCUCGGAUCGUUGUGUCUGGCCGCUCUGGGCGCGUAUUCCGCCAUCGAAGUCCUGAUCGACGCGUUCAAGUCCAACACGACCAACUCGUUUUACCGUUCUUAUAGUGCAUCCGCAGUUGCAGAGAAGCAAAGCACACAGACAUAUUCUACGUUAUCAGAUAAACAACAGCAGCAAAAACUGGAUAAUAGUACGGUUCAAGCAACUACUGAUGGCGAAUCGGAGAUACUCAUACAAGGUUAUCACCAAGGCCGAUACACCCUGGAAUCAAUCUAG